AUGUCUGCGAAGACUGAAGAGUCGGCGCCAGCCCAAGCACCUGCACCAACAGUAACCAAAACGAAGAAGACACUGACAAACAAGAGGAAACCUGCUGCAACUGGCUCGCCAGCCAAAAAGAAGAAAAGUAAGAGCAAGACGCCUGGCAAAUACAGCCAGCUCGUCAUUAAUGCGAUCCGAACCUUGGGGGAGAAAAACGGCUCGUCGCUUUUCAAGAUAUACAAUGAAGCGAAGAAAGAGAGCUGGUUUGAUCAGCAGAACGGUCGCACGUAUUUGCGCUACUCUAUCCGCGCGCUCCUGCUCAACGACACGCUCGUGCAGGUGAAAGGACUGGGAGCCAACGGCUCAUUCAAGCUCAAUAAGAAGAAAUUUGAGAAAAAGGCAAAGAAAAGUACCACCAAGACGGAGAACUCUGCCAAACCAGCGGCCAAAAAAGCCGUGAAAAAGAAAGUGAGUGCAAAAAAGACCCCCACAAAGACCUCCGGUAAAAAGAAGACUCUCACUACCGCGAAGAAACCGAGUGUUAAGAAGACGACGUCUUCCAAACCGAAGAAAGCAGCUGCCAAAAAACCCAAAGUCGAGAAGAAGAAAGAAACCAAGGCAAAGAAGUCAAAAUAGACUUAUUGAAAAUGUCUUAUAACUGAAUCAUUGAUGUAAAUAGCUUGUUGCAAGAGAAUCGAGAGAUAUAUGGUGGACCUGUUAUUUUUUAUUAUUGUUUGGACGGUCUGCAUUCUCUGUAAAUCGCUUGUGCGAUUUUUUUUUUACAGUCUAUGGUGCGCACUUUACUUUACUGAGACACGCCCACUUACAUUGUGCACUGCAUUACGUCAGGCUGUUUUGAAAUUUGAUCGAUGUUUUUUGUGACGCAGUAAGAUACUUGGAAAAAAAUACUUGCCGGUAGCUUGAUAUUUAGAAGAUGAUUAUGGUGGGAACGCUUUAGAAAAUAUAAGUUAGUAUUAGAGCCUUUUCAUGUCAAUUUUUUACUACGCUUGUUACAUAAAAAUAUUUUUGUGCAACUUUUUAUUGAUGGAUGUUCAUAAGUAAUGCUUGUUCAUGCAAAUAAAAAUGCAAUAAAAUUUUGAUAUAUAAAAAAAAUUGUAAAUUA